AAUAGAUUGGGAGACUGGAGAUUUUGUGUUGAAACGGCUCUACCGGCUUUAGAGCAAUGCUCUAUUAACGGUUGAGGGUCGGCGCCCGCUUACUUAGGACGCCUUGGCUUGAGAGCACUCGCCCAAGAAUCAACCGACGGCCCCAACCCCAAGCAGAUCCAUUUUGAACAAUACCUUUCAGAAUAACUGUCUUUGACCAUGAUGAAGGUGUCUUUGCUGCUCUCAAUGGCCAUUGCGGCCCCCAUCGUGGCCCAAGCUGCGACAAGAGUGUCUGUUAUCGAAUUGGGAAAACGCGGUGCUGUGCAACGAACGGACAGUCGAGAUCCUUUGACCACGGUUGAGGGUGUGGCAUCUUUCUGGUCCGCCCUUCACUCUCCUGGACGCCGACUCCAGCAUGCGGGCAUGACGGUGGUUCCCGAUAUUUUCAGCCAAGCCAGCACUGGAUUGGUGGUUGGAUUGAAGGGAAGUGGUGUUGAUAUGGACACGAUGCCGUUUGUGUCCAAGUUGUUGUCAGACGAAGGAGACAAUGGUGUCGUUGGUAAUCUCGAAGUCCUUGGCGAGUUUGGUGAUGCCUUGCUUGGCAAGGUUCGACAGGUCGAUACCGUGGCUCCCACUGAUUUUGCGCUUAGUUGCAAGAAGCACUCCGAAGGCGAGGGCUUGACUGGCAUGAUGACCACGGUUCAAAGUGAGGAUAGUGCGUCUAUCGACAGUCAGCUGCGUGAUAUCAUCAAUGGCCUCGACACCGUGGCUUCUGCUGCUGGCAAGACUGUUGUUCUUCACCUUGUUGUUGAGGAAGAAGCAGGAGCGUCGCGUAGACGUGAGCUUUCACGUCGUCUUGAAGGUGAAGAUGAGGAAGAAGGCGAAGGAGAAGAAGACAACGAAAACGCCAACCAAAAUGGCAAUGGAAACAACAAUGCCAACCAAAAGAAUGGUUACUAUGGAUACGGAUACUACAAUUCGUAUGGAGAAUGGGUCACUCCCUACAAGACAAUGUUCCAAAUCCAAUACUUCAAUGUGGUUCUGUGGACAGCAGUUGGCCUCACUGUGGUUCUUUUCUCCACAGUCUAUAUGAUGUUGUACAUGCCUCUCAUGCCUGACACACUAUUAUUCGGAGAGUCGGCAAAAUUAACAGGGGACGAUUAGAAUCCUACCAGUCGUCUGUAUUCGCUAGUAGUAGCUCAAAUAAACCUCUGGUUUAGCCGAUGAACACUGUAGUUUCAUUGCAUUGUUGUGAGACCAUGUCAAUCAUUCAAUAGUUUAGGUAUAGAUACCGGCACUGGUAUCUUCAAAACAGUGCUUUGUCAAUAUUAGGGCGUGGGCGGAUGUACAUAGGCCGAGGCACAUUCGGGAUGAUCAGUGGAGCGUGGCGUCUUGUUUGAAUGAAUCAACUAGUGUAAACCAACCAUUGAUGCGGCAUGUGGCUGAUUUGGAAGCACAAAGACCCAUGGCAAGUCCUUCCAACGUGAAGAGCUCUUACACGAUUUCGUCGCUUCAGUUCCCGGCAUGCUUGGGCCUGAAGCCGCUAUCGAAAUCGAAAUCCUUGCCGAGCUUGUAUUUUCAAGUUAGACUGGUAUCAUGCUCUUUCUGCUUUACUCCAGGCCAGUCUCCUCAUUGAUAGAUUGCCAUUCUCUUCCCACUACUUACUUUUACCUAUCGUUCUAGCUAGCUAGUUCCAGUGCUAGCUACCGCCGGUAGCCGUUCCGCUUUUAUGUUGCCAGGAACCUACCGGGUACCGGUACCGGUCGCGCGAGGAGCUAGCAACCGCGUACCGUACCGUAUGUAGCUUACCGUAUCCGACGUACCCUAAUUUUUAUGCUUUUGGGAAUUUUCCGUUUCCAAAGUUGUGGUUUUCAUUAGGGUGAAGGCACAACCGAGGCAUUCAAAAGGUCGUGCUCUUUUGCGUCUCA